AUAAAAAUUUUCCGGACCAAAAGUGGAUUUUUACGACAAAGUUUGAGGCGCGCCUUGCUUAGUUUAAGAUCGCAGCCUUGUGCAAAAUAAGAGAAAUCAGGAGAAAAAUUUCGACCAAAUGGCGAAGCUCUUUACCCCUGGGCUUCAAACACCCACUUCAUUAAACCCUGAGUCUUAUCUUCAUCCAUUUGUAAACCCUAGUUCUUCUCCUCGUCUCUGCCACGCUCUUGCAUUGAACCCCAAUCUUCAAUGGCGUUAUUUGGGUCGUGAAUUGAAGUGUAACCCCAAAUUUUAUCUUCCUUUCCGCAACUCUGUUGACUUGAGUCCCGAUCUUCAAUGGACGAUUUUGAGGCGUAAAUUGAAGUGUACGCCCAGAAAUUUUUGCUUUUUCUCAGAGGGAAACAGUAACAAACAGGAGCAAGCUAGAAGAGCAUUAGAAAGUGCCCUUGGUGGAAAAAAGAGUGAAUUUGAUAAAUGGAAUAAAGAAAUUCAAAAGAGGGAAGAAGUGGGCGGGGGGAAUAAUCAUGGUGGUGGAAGUUGGUUCGGCGGAGGUGGUUGGUUCGGUGGGUCUGAUGGUGAGCAUUUUUGGAAGGAGGUGCAACAAGCAGGUCUCACAAUUGCUGGAAUCAUCAUCUUGUAUCUCUUGGUUGCCAAGGGCGAUGUAUUGCUUGCUGUUGUUUGCAAUUCCUUGCUGUUGGUAUUACGUGGAACUAGAAACAACUUCAGAUCCAUAUUUCUCUUACUUAAUCGAAGAUCAUCAUUGGAGCCUGAGUCCAAUGAAGCAGCAAAUGAGAUUUCUUCAAACAAGCUUUCGGCAAAAGAGAGUGUGAUAAGGAAGUGGGGAACAGAUUGAUUUCUGCAGAUGUGCGCUAUGCUUUUCACGGAUUGCCAUCAUAACCCUGUUUUGAGGUGGGAGCAAUAUCUUUGGAGGAAGCUAUGGGUUUUUUGUUUCAUAUGUGACAGUGGGAAUUACAGGUAUGUAAAUCUUGGAUGCUUAGAAAUUUUCUUGAUGCAUAUGCAGUUUUGUUACUUCACAAGAAGCUUGUAAUAUUGAGGUCUCUCUGUUUGUUUUGGGAUUUUGGAUAUUCUUGAAUCAUUUGUUGUUUUUGUUCUCUCUC